GCGGCGGCGGCGGCCGCGGGGGGGUGCGCGCGCUCCCGCGGCGGCGGCGGCGGCGAUGGCGGCGCGUGGGCGCGCGGCGGCGGCGGCGAUGGCGGCGGCGGAGCGGCGGCUGCCCAGCCUGGACGAGUUCGCGGGGCAGAGCUGGAGCGCCUGGGUGGAGCGGGCCGGGCCGCCGGCCGAGCCGGGACCAGGGUUGGAGUUGGAGGAGAGUGGGAAGAGCAGCGGCAAGAAACUGGACACCAUGACCCUGAUUAAAGAAGACAUGAACAUCUUCGGCCACUGCCCGGCGCAUGACGAGUUUUACCUGGUGGUUUGCAACCACUGCAGCCAGGUGGUGAAGCCCCAGGCCUUCCAGAAACACUGCGAACGCCGCCACGGCCCGCUCAGCAAGCUGUACGCCCGCGCCGCCGCCGCCAAGUGCCACGUCACCGCCAACGGGCAACCGGUGGCCAGCGGGACCCCCGGCGCGGCCAAGGCACCGCGGGAAAAGCCCCUGGGUGCCCGCGGGCAAGUCCAGCCCCUGCCUGAGCGCCCAGACAAGGACAGCCUCUGCUUGUUUGUGCCUGUGGUCAACCUGGAGAAGAUCCCCAGCAUUCCCAAACCGGACGGGCAUGGGAUCAAGGUGCCCCCCAAAACUGUAGCCACCAACUCCAAGGAACCCCUGGGGAAACCCGCCACCCCCGCGGUGCUGAAAGAGCCCCCGGUGCCGGCCCGGGGCGGGGGGGAUUUGGCGAUGCCCGCCGAUGGCCCCGGGUGCAAACCGGAGAGCUCGCCCACCCCGGGGGAGAAGGACGCGGGUGUCUCCAAGCCACCCCCCAGGUCCCACAAGAAGCUGGCGCGCAAGGAGUGCGACCUGAACCGGCAGUGCGGCGUGCUGAACCCCGACACCAAGAAGAUCUGCACCCGCCUGCUGACCUGCAAGAUCCACUCUGUUCACCAGCGGCGCGAGGUGCGGGGCCGUGACAAGGACUUUGACGUGCUGGUGGCUGAGCUGAAGGCCAGCGCCCGCAAGGGCGAGUCCCCGAAGGAGAGGAGCCCCCCCGGGAAGGCACCACCGCCCCCCCCCCCGGCAGGACCCCUCUCGCUGCCGCAGCCCCUCGCCAGCCCCCCCAGCGCCUCUCCCUGCCGAGCCAAGCCCCCCCACUCCCACUGCCUGCUCCCCAGGGCCCGGCUUUCCUCCGACAGCGACCCCGAGGACGCGCCAGCCACCUCCAGGGUGGGGGGCCCGGGGGUGUUCCCCCUCCCCGUGCCCAAGGGGGGCAGCCGUGUGUCAAGUGAGGAGAGCGAGGAGGAGGGGGGCGAGGAGCCCCCCCGGCCCCUCACGCGCCCCCCGCGGCCCCAGGCGUUCUGCACCUUCGGGAGCCGCCUGGUGAGCCCCGGCUGUUACGUGUUCAACCGGCGGCUGGACCGGUUCUGCUCGGCGCUGGGCUCCAUGCUGGAGCGGCACCUCAGCUCCCACAUGUGGAGGAAGAUCCCUCCGGCUGCCGAGCCCCCGCUCCACGUCCCGCCGGCCCCCCCCAGCCCCACCGGCCCCGCCGCCCCGACCCCCUCGCCCCCCACACGGACCUCGGCCGUGACCCCCCCCGGCAGCCGGGGGGGCCGGGUCCCCGCCAGCAUCAACUACACGGUGGGGUCCCCCCCCGCGGCGGCCGCCUGCAGCCAGCUGGAGUGCGGCGGGGGGGGCAGCCAGUCCAUCACCUCCCCCCUGCCGGCCAACACCCCCUCGCCCUCCUUCAGCAAGCUGACCCCCCCCAAGGCCAGCAAGUCCUCCCGAGCCCGCGAAGCAGCCGGCGGGACCCAUCCGGACCCCCGAAAACGGAAGCCCCCCCUCUCCACCACCGCCCCCCCCCAUAAACGGACCUGUUCAGGGGAUGAGGUUAAAAACAAAAACCCCAACUGCCAGGUUGUUCCCCCCCCCGGCAAGACGAAACCCACCCCCCCGGCUUGUCCGGCUUCGCCCUCCGCCCCCGUCCUCAACGGCACGACGACGCGGGUGAAGCGGCUCGGCCCCCCCCCGGACCCCCGGGGCUCAGCGCUGCGCGCAGCGGGGGGGCCGCCGCUGCCCCCCCCCCGCUGCAUCUCCGAGGACGAGGUCAAGAAGCGCAAGAACGCGGCCACGUACUGCCGGCCCGUCAAACCCAAACCUGCGCCCCCCCUGCCCGCCCCCCCGCCGCCCCCCGGCACGGCCCCCCCAGACUCGGGUGGCCCCCCCCGGAGGAAGAAGCCGGGACCCCCCCCGGGUUUUGAGGAGAAGCGGAGCGCACUGAAGCCCAAAGCCCAUUAACAGAGGGGCCACUGGGGCCCCCCCAUGUCCCUCCACCGCGGGUGCCAGGAACCCCCACCGGAAAAUGGGGAAAAAGUGAUGAAAGGGGGGAAAAACAAACAAAAAAAGCCCCAAGCCCCCCAAGGAAACAAAAGAAGGAAAACACCAACCUCCAAAAAAUACCUCAAGACUCUCAGUUCUGUUCUCUUGCUGCUAAACAAGCCCCCGGAGAGGAGGCGGCCACGGCCGGGGAUCCUGGCACAGGACCGGCCACCGCGGGGCCACCACGGGGCCACCACGGGGCCACCACCGGCCACCACGGGGCCACCACGCCGGCCGCGGGUAUUUAUAAGAAUUACUAUCGCUGUU